CUGCAAUUGACACACAAUGAGGAGUCGGGAGCAGCCGCUCAAAAGCCGUCUGUAAAUAAACAGGACCGUCGUCUGGCCGGUGAACUAUGGAGAAUCAGUGCACAGUUCAGGUAAAGCUUGAGCUGGGUCACAGGGCCCAGCUGAGGAAAAAGGUGACAUCGGAAGGCUUCACUCAUGACUGGAUGGUGUUUGUGCGGGGCCCCGAGAACAGUGACAUUCAACACUUUGUGGAUAAAGUUGUCUUCCGGCUGCACGAGAGCUUUCCUAAACCCAAGAGGGUGUGUAAGGAGCCCCCAUACAAGGUUGAGGAGUCAGGUUAUGCUGGAUUUCUAAUGCCCAUAGAGGUCUACUUCAAAAACAAGGAAGAGCCAAAGAAGGUGUUCUUCAAUUAUGACCUCUUCCUCAACCUGGAAGGCAACCCACCUGUCAAUCACUUGCGCUGUGAGAAACUCACCUUCAAUAACCCCACCCGUGAUUUCCGUCGCAAACUGGUCAAGGCUGGAGGGGUCAUGGUGGUCCCAGAAGGGGCAGAGGUGGUCCCGAGACCCAGCCCAGAUUACCCUAUGCUUCCAACCAUCCCACUCUCGGCCUUUUCUGACCCUAAGAAAAGCAAGACCUCACAAGGAUCAAAGGAACCCAGUAAAGAGGGAAGCAAAGUGUCCAAAUCCCACAAAAUGGCCAAGGAGCAUCGAGAGCGGCCGAGGAAAGACUCUGAGAGUAAGGGCUCAUCCAAGGGGGACGUAGACCGGGAUAAUAGCAGCAGCAAAGGUGGCCGUGACCCUACCUCAUCCUCAUCUAAGAAACCAGAGAUUAAAGUGAAAGACGAGAACAAAGUCCAGCCCAAAGUUGCUUUCAAGGAGCCCAAACUCACGUUGAAGGAAUCAAAAAUGGAGGGCAUGUCUCCUAAAAGAGGGGGGAAAGGGUCGGGAGGUGGUGCAGGGGCAGCCAGCGAUGGAAAAGCCCCCAGUAAACGACCUUCCAAUGCCGAGUCACCUAAACCUAGUGUCAAGAAACCAAAGAAGGGGGGUUCUGAGGGCUCAAAAGUCUCCAGCAGUGGGGGGUUGACUGGCACCUCCCCCCGGACCGCGUCCUCCUCCACAGCCUCCUCGGGAAUUGUGGAUAAGAAAGCCUCUAAAGAGAAGGGCCGCUGGGCCAAAGGCAAGUCAGAGGCACAAGAGGUCAAGGAGUCCAAGAAGCCUCCAGAAUCCGAUGACUCCAACUCCGAGGAUGAGGCCUCGAACAAGUCUGAGCAGUCCGCCCCCUCCAGCCCAUCUAAUUCCAGCUCCAGCUCAGAGUCCAGCUCUGACUCAGACUUUGAGCCACAGCAGAAACAAGGCCAAGGUCCACUGCGCUCUAUGGUCGAAGACCUCAAGUCGGAGGAAUCUGAUGAUGAUGAUAGCAGCUCAGGCGAAGGGACGCCUGUAAAGAACAACCUGCCCCAUCGGGAAUCCAGGAUGAGCCUAGACAGCGAGAGUGACUGCAGUGAUGGGCCACAGCGGCCCAGUCGAGACCCUCCCCCUAAGCCACAAAAACACAGCUCCACAAAUAACAAGGUGUCAGGCAGAAAGAGUCCAGACCUUUGCUUACGCCAGGAGAAGGUCUUGAAGAAGGGAUACGACAAGGUAGGAAGGGCAUACACUGACGAGUUGGUAGAUCUUCAUCGCAGGCUGAUGGCAUUAAGGGAGCGUAAUGUUCUGCAACAGAUUGUGAACCUCAUCGAGGAGACCGGCCACUUUAAUGUCACCAACACAACCUUUGACUUUGACCUUUUCUCUUUGGAUGAGUCAACUGUCCGCAAACUACAAAGCUACCUGGAGGCAACUGCCACAUGACAAGAUGUCCAUCAAGGUUGGGGGGUGGGUGAUGAUGCACGAACAGUAUUUUGGACCACCAGAUGCAGCUAUGGGGAGUCUCUCACCCGGAAAUGCAGGCUGACAUUACAGACUUCCCAGUAAGAUAAAAAUGGGCAUCUCUCCAUCUUUCCAAUGCUCUCCUCUCCAUUUCAAUAUUCUGUGGGUCAGGAAGUUCUCUGCUUAUCGGGGCCAGAACUGUUUGAGCGUCAUAUCUGAAUUGGAAAACGUCUCUCUCUGUAGCCAUAUGCAUUGAUGCAUUGAGGGAAACAACAUUUAAUAUUUUAUUUUUCUACCAAUGUUUUUUUUUUUUAGGUAUUUUUGAUUAUGGUCGCAAUGAAAGCCCUGCACGCCAUGAAUGUAUCACUUCUUAUCCUCUAGGGCUAGUCUUAGUGCCUUUAUCAUGCCAUCUCAUUUGUGCUCUUAGAAAUUACAGCAGUGUUAUCUUUCAUUUAAACUUUAGAAUAUGUGAGAUACUUGGAUACCUGGCUAUUUUCCAGGAAAUUCCAGUUUGUAUGCCAGUAUGUGUAAAUUCUCAUUUAUGUGUUUGCCAAAUGGGCCUUAGAACUCUUAAAUUGUGCAUUGCUAGUGUAACUUCUGAAGGUAUUUGGAAAUCUGUGUUUAUCUCUGUUCUCUUUCAUCUCAUCUGGUUUAUGCAUAGACUUGAAAGGGAGAGACAGAAGAAAAGAUGGACGAGAUGCUCAGUUGCUGAGGUAAAUAAUGGGAAAUGGCCGCUGAAACAGCAGUCUGUAAAUUCACUGUGCUUCUGACUUGAAAUUUCUCUCAGUGACUCUAGUCUCAGCUUCACUCAAUUUCGUCUCUCUAUGCCCUGUGUGUCCAUUCUUAUGCUAAUAGCUUUAAGAGGUUCCGUGGCCUGAGCUACAGACCACAUGCCCUUUACUUCACCCUAUUUUUGUGUGUGUGUGUGCGUGCGUGCGUAUGUUUGGAUACUUGUGUGUAGCAGAGUUUACUUGGCUUUGAAAUGUCAUCUAAAACUUAGCAGGUUCUGACAUGAUUUGUCUGAAUUUGAGCAAAAUAAGUAAUUUUCUACUUUAUACUGACACAUUUUUUUAUUAAGAAAUUAGUUUUUUUGGUGAGAGAAAGGCUCAUUGUCGUGUGUGUGCGUGUGUGUGUGCGUGUGUGUGUGUGUGUGCGUGUGUGUGUGUGUUUGUGAACUUUUAACUCCCAACUCCUAGUUUGUGAACUUUAACCUUUGACCGAAUACUGGUUUGGGUCGGCCUGUCAUAAAAGGGGUGGGGUAAGAGGCCAAAAGGGGUGGAGUCAUGUGAUCUUGAGUGGCAGCUCUGAAGAAACCCCACGGAGCACACCCUGUUCUUUUUUUUUUUUUUUUUUUUUUUGAGGGGGUUAAUUUUUUUUAUUUAUGUACCUCUGCACUUUUGGAUUUGUACUUAAGUAAUUGUCUAAACUGUAUUUUUAAGAGUUUUAUACAAUAUUUACAUGCAAUAUGAUAUGGAUUUUUGUCAAUUUGUGUCAAGAAUUUUUUUUAUUUUAUUUUUUUUAAGGAUUUUUUUUUCUGUAUCAGCACAUUAUUUUAUCUUAUACUGUAAACAUUACUAUGAGAACUUGAACCUGUUUCUUAAGGCCAGUUUAUGAGUUAUUUUCAGGGUGUGUUUGUAUAUUAUGUUGAAUUACUACAAGGAGAUAUCUAGCAUUGACAAACGGUCUGUUUUGUUGUGUUCCGCAGUAUACAGAACCUCAUUAUGAUCCACUACUAGGGGAAAAAAGCUUAUUCAUAGUAGCACCAUAUUUGAUUUUUGAUGGGAAUGAAAACUAGGCUGUGAGAGAUCGAAGUAUAGUCUCUUCAAUUGGUUGUACUGAUGUUUAAAUUGGUAUUGAAACUUCAGCUGAGGAAACCGUUUAUAAAAAAUUUCACACAUGAGGUGUUAAAAUUAGAUGUGAGCAUUUGCCGUUGUACUGACUGUACUUCUAUCCAUCUGUAUGUCUAUAAUUUGCUACUCUACAUAACUUCUAUUAAAGUGUUUGGGAUUCAAAGUUAAAGGAAUAGUUCACUAAAAAAUUUAAAUUCUCUCAUUUUCUCACCCUCAGGUGUCCCAGAUGUGCAUGACUUUCUUCUGUAGAACACAAAGAUUUUUGAAGAAUAUUUCAGCUCUGUAGGUCCAUACAAUGCAAGUGAAUUGCCAAAAAACAAAAGAAUGUGAAAGGUGAUAUUUAUAGGAAAAAAGUAAAUAUUGACCCAUUUCUCACCCACACCUAUUAUAUUGCAUCUGAAGACAUGAAUUUAACGACUGAGUUGUAGGGAUUACUUUUAUGAAUCCUUUAUGUAUCGUAUGGACCUACAGAGCAGGUAUAUUUAUUUAAUCUUCAUUUGUUUUCUGCAGAAGAAAAAUGGUCAUACAUUUGGGAUGCCUGAGGGUGAGUAAAUGAGAGAAUUUUCAUUUUUGGGUGAACCUUUUUAUUUAAUUUUUUACACAUUACAUGGGACACAACAAAGCAACACUAAUGGAAGGGGCACAUACUUCGAAUAUAUACAUUACAUAUACAUGUAUAAUAAACCAUAAACGGUAGGAUUAUCCUUUAAGGAGGUGGAGAUAACAUGCUAAUGGUUAAUAUGGCAGCAUUGUCAGAUACUUGCAGGUGCAGAGAUCUGUCUAUUGUCCGUCAGUGGUGUUUUUAUUUGUGUUUGUGAGCACGGAAGGACUCGCUGUAUUUAUCCGUGGGGGUCGGGAGGUCUGGGGUUUUACAUAUAUGUUCUUAUAACAUGGUAGAAAAAACUUCCGUGUUCUGAACAGAAGAGGAACCUUUAGUAUGUGUUAAACUUGGCAUACAGUGCCACUGUGUGGUCAUUUGAUGCAAGUUGUAAUGGGGGCAAAAGAUGUUAUGUUUUUAUUGCAAAUCAUAUUACGAAUAAAGUCA